AUGAGCCAGAAACAAUGUUGUGAUAACAUUUCGGCACCGGGCCUGGCGGCUGAUGCGCAGGCAACAGGCGCUCUCUGCCGAUGGAUGAUGUCCGUCGCUUCGUCCGGCCUGCCGGCGUUAGUCGACCUGAUCCGAUCUGACUGCCUGCCUCGUCGGCCGUCGUGCUAUUGUUUGCCUCUUUCCUUUCCUCGCUCGCGUCAUUCAACGCCCACGCUCUCUAACUCACACAGUAGUCGAUGGCAAUCUGUCAGUCAACGUGAGAGGAGCGGCGACAGCGGCGGUUCGAGUCCGCACCCAAAAUAA